AUUUCAUCUCUACUCCUUUUCCUCUCUCUCUCUCUCUCUCGUUUCUCCGUCAUCUCCGGCUCGCCCUGUCCGGCACGCUCUCAAGUCUCACCUUGCCCUGCCCGGAUGCUCAGAUCGCCCGUUCCCUGUCCGGCACGCUCAGCUCGCACUCUCAACUCACCCUGUCCCUGUCCAGUGUCCGGCACGCUCUCACCUCACCGUCCGGCACGCUCAGCUCGCUGACAGAUUACUUGCAAGCGGCUUCUAGAAGACUCAUUUCAACGCGAAAGGCCUUUUUAUUGUCAGCAAUGAAUGCAGAUGGUGCUAUUGCUGCUCCUUCACAGGGAGGGGCCGUACAAACUGCUGGAGAUGUAGUAGGGAGCGUUAAGCAGCAGCUAGCCCAAUUAGUCAAAGCAUCCCUCUUGACAACAGUCCCCGAUGAGCCGAACAUAGAGCCAGCAGUCGCAUAUUGCACUGCGAAGUUUGGUGAUUACCAAUGUAAUAAUGCUAUGAGCCUGUGGUCAAAGAUAAAAGGCAAAUCAACUGAAUUCAAGAAUCCAAAUUCUGUUGGACAGGCCAUUAAGAGAAAUCUUCCUCCAUCAGAAAUGAUAGAGUCCACCUCUGUUGCAGGAGCUGGAUUUGUAAAUAUUAUUCUGUCAAGCAAAUGGAUAGCAAAGAAUAUACACAAGAUGCUAUUACAUGGUAUUGGGAUAUGGGCACCAGUAUUCCCAGUUGCCAGAGCAGUGGUUGAUUUUUCUUCUCCCAACAUUGCAAAAGAGAUGCAUGUUGGCCAUUUAAGAUCUACGAUAAUUGGGGAUACUCUUGCUCGCAUGUUGGAGUUUUCAAAUGUUGAAGUUCUUCGAAGAAACCAUGUUGGAGACUGGGGCACACAGUUUGGUAUGCUAAUUGAAUACCUCUUUGAGGAGUUUCCAAACUGGGAGGAUAUAGGAGAACAAGCCAUUGGAGAUCUCCAGGUGUUUUAUAAGGACUCGAAAAAGAAAUUCGAUGACAAUCCUGCUUUUAAGGAAAGGGCACAACAGGCAGUUGUACGGUUGCAGGGUGGGGAUCACGAGUAUCGCAAGGCAUGGACAAAGAUCUGUGAGGUCAGCCGCAAGGAAUUUGAUCAGGUCUAUCAGCGCCUUGGGGUCCAUCUAGAAGAAAAGGGAGAAAGCUUUUACAAUCCCUACAUUCCUGGAGUUUUGGAAGAAUUGAGUAAAAAAGGAUUAAUUGAGGAAAGUGAAGGUGCCCGUGUGAUAUUUAUUGAAGGGCAGACAAUCCCUUUUAUUGUUGUGAAGAGAGAUGGUGGAUUCAACUAUGCUUCAACUGAUCUCACAGCUCUUUGGUAUCGGCUUAAUGAAGAGAAAGCAGAAUGGAUAAUAUAUAUAACUGAUGUUGGUCAGUCACAGCACUUUGAAAUGCUGUUCAGUGCUGCCAAACGUGCCGGUUGGCUUCCAGCUAGUGGCAAUUCAUACCCAAAAACAAACCAUGUUGGGCUUGGCCUUGUGCUUGGAUUGGAUGGCAAGCGGUUCCGGACUCGGGCUACAGAAGUUGUUCGAUUAGUUGAUCUACUCGAUGAAGCAAAAACUCGCAGCAAAACAGAACUCAUUGAACGGCUUAAAACUAAUGGUAAAAUUGCAGAGUGGAACGAUGAGGAGCUUGAAAAAACUGCUGAGGCAGUGGGUUAUGGGGCUGUCAAGUAUGCAGACCUGAAGAACAAUAGGCAGACUAAUUACACGUUUAGUUUCGAUCAGAUGCUUAAUGAUAAGGGCAAUACUGCCGUUUACCUGCUGUACGCGCAUGCUCGUAUUUGUUCAAUCAUACGAAAAUCUGGUAGAGACAUAGAAGAGUCAAAGAAAAAGGGAACUAUUGAGCUUAAUCAUCCUGAUGAACGUGUUUUAGGUCUUCACCUUAUCCGAUUUGCAGAGAUAGUUGAAGAAGCUUGUACUAAUCUCCUUCCCAACAUUUUGUGUGAAUAUCUCUAUGACUUGUCUGAAGUAUUCACCAGGUUCUACACCAACUGCCAGGUGGUUGGAUCUGCAGAGGAGACUAGCAGGCUGCUGUUGUGCGAGGCAACUGCCGUCGUGAUGAGAAAGUGUUUCUAUCUUCUUGGGAUCGUGCCAGUAUAUAAAAUUUGAAAGUAUUUCUGAUUUUGAUUUUUCUCAACGGAGGCUGUCUCAAAAUACGCAAAAUGCAAUCCAAUAUAUUGGGAUUAGAUUAGAGAUGUACGAAAUUGAAUUUGUAUGAUCAAAAUUUUGGUAAUUUAUAUCUUUUCAGUC